GUGACAUGAGAUCACAGAAAUGUAUUGCUGAUUGUAUUUGAUUUAAAGUCACAACAGACAACAGCAAUAGGCAAUCUGAUCUUAAGAUGACUCGCACACGAGUCCAUCCAGAGCCCAUCAGAACAGAUGACGACAGUGCAUCCACAUCUUCCUCUGGUUCCAUUCUUGAGCCAGUAUGGGAGCUGUGCCCUACAACGGCACCUCAACCUCGUCCCGCUCCCCCUACGCAGUCCAGGUUGGCUUUUGCCGUGGAGGCCUCUGGCACCAAUGCACAACAUGUGCCAUGUGGAUGCCAAGCAGGAGUUCCGCUCCAGCUACACCUUGGGCAGAUAUUCCCUGGACCGUCAUCAGCCCACUGCUCAAACCCAUGCCCGGUGAUCAUCCCGUUCCCUGUUGUGCCAUGUCAUCACAGGGCAUCCAGCGCUGCCCAUCCCCCACUGCUCUCCACUGGGCCUCAGACGUCUCCCCGUCCCACUCCAACUGCGUCUGCUCCUGGGGUGAAGGAGAGGGACGAGGAGAAGGCCGAUGCUGCUGCUCGCCUGUUACAAGGCUCAGAGCGCAAGUCACACAGCUGUGAAGAAAACAGAAAGAUGAAGAAGAAAGGAAAAGAUGUCGCCGCUCAACCUCUGUCCAGUGGUUCGAAGUGCACAUCAAAGGCUCCUCUUCGUCAUAUUGAAACAGCCACCACCCCAAUUUGUGCGGCCACUCUUAAACCAGUGGCCAGAAAGACUAGAACACAGUCACCACCAGCCAGAGUGAGUUCAAGUUGA